UCCUAUAGGGAAAUCAUUGCUCACCCAGAGUCUGGUUCUAUUGGAGGUAUAUUCAGUUUUCAAGGGAAUGAUUGACUUUGUACCAAUAAUGUUUACUGUUCAUCUUUAUUUGCAAGAUAUUUUUAAUAUGAACUAUGUUGUAGUUGUUGUAGAGAUUAGAUACAAGGCAAAGGGUUGUUUAUGGAAGAUCAUAGUAAGGUUUGACGUUUGAAAUAAACUGCAAACCACAGACAUUUAGAAUAAAUUAUAAUACCGCAGUUUCUCCAGGAGGUGGCAGCACUUUGCCGCAACUGUCUUGGUAGAAAAGGAAACUUUAAAAAAAAAAACAAUCAAAUUUGCAGACUGAAGACAUUAGUAAAUUAUUAAUUGACCAUUUUAGUAACAUUAAUAUUAAUAGUCCAGCUUGUUCACCAUAAAUUAAAUUUGUAUAAGAUAUGCAGACUUUUUCUCAUCCAUAUUCACUACCUUCCCUUGUUUCCCUUUCCAGCCCAGCAUUUUUUUUACUAUAAUGUAGUCUAAUCUGUAAGACUGGAUUUAAUUGGCUUUUUAAAUUUUUUUUUUAGUAAAGUCCCUUACAAUGACAUUUAUUGGUGCUAAACCAACUGAAUUGAAUUGUAGUCCAUCUAAGAUGCCAGCAGAUGUCGACAGCAGUACAGGAACCUGUGUUGGGCCUCAAUAAGAGAUCAUUCAGGCUGAGAAUGAACAAAAAACUAAUAGCUCACCUUAAGUCACACUUAUUAUCCACCAAUAAUAAUCAAAGUGUCUCAGUGCAAAUAUGUUCUUUCUUAAAAGAUAUUUCAACAUAUUCCAUGCUUCAUUUUACCAGAUCUUCAUGUCUUUUGGCAGUUUUCAUGCAUGGAUGUGGCUAGUGAAACACAAUUUAGAUGACCAAAGAGAUUACGGUUAAUCCCAAUUAAUAUAUGAAUGUCCGUAGCCAGGAGAUUAAAUUUUCACACAGUUUUACAUUUGAGAUUUUUGUUGUUCUUCUUCUUCUUUUUAUUUACUCAAGUCAUCUUAGUCCGAUAUUAAAAUUUUGAUCAUCUGAAACAUUUAGACAUGACAAAAAGGAUUAAAAAGAAAAUUAUAAGGAGAAAAUUACUUUUUCAAAGAACUGAAAGUGACUACAGUCAUGCUUUAGCUCUUCAUCACAAAAUUUUACAGAUAUGUCCUUGUUCUCCUGACUGUUUUUAUGUAAAAGAAACAGAUUUUAACCAGAAAGAUGUCGGCAUGUUGUUAUAAACAUGAUACUGAACACGAUCUCAGUGUUUCGUACUGGAAAGUAUCACUUUUAAUUCAAAUAUAGUUGAGUUACAAUAAAACAGCUACAAGUGUCUCUUUCUGCAUGAUGACCAGCUGCUCAAAUGCUUUUUGGAACUAAAGAAAGGGCUUUCAUUACGGGACAAAGUUAGCAUGCUAACUUCCUCAGCAUGCUGUCAGGAAACAGGAGAAGGUAGACAUUCAACACGCAGGAAGCUGCUCCACAUCUAUUCCUGUCCUGGCAGCAAGAAAACAGAAGGUUAUAGUGAGCAUGGUGCAGCUGAGCCACACGUUUCAGAACUAUGAUGACAAAGAGACACUUGUAAUUAACAACAGCACAUCGAGGGAAACAUGCAGCUCUAAAGUGUUGAGUUGUAUUUUAUUAACAGUGCCUUGCAGAUGUAUUCAUGUUGUGGUGGUAUGACUAUAAUCUUUAUUAUAUUUGAAUAUAGAAAGUUAUGUGAGAAAUUAGAAGAAGGGAAAAGACGCAUGGCUGUUAAAAUGAAGAAGCUGAGGUGCAGCUGGGAAUAAAGUUGCAACACUUCUGAGCUGUGCCACAUAUUCUCAUUUGGAUUUAGGGCUGGACUUUGACUAGGCCAUUCUGGCACAUUGAUAUGCAGGGUUAGGGUGAUUUUUCUGCUGAGCUGUGUACAGGUUUUCUCUGAGGACUAGCAUCCUGCAUGUGGCUCCGUUCAUCUUCCCUUCUCCAGGUGACAUAGAAUAUUUAGUUUUUUUCUGACACGCGUAACAUUUUAUUUAUUAAUUUUUUUUUUUUUGCAUUUCAGCCUAAUUUGGUCUCUGAGGAGCUUUUCCUAUGCUUGUAAAGUUCUCUACAUUCCUUGUGUCAAAACUGGAUUUCUUACAAUGAAGGCACUCUUCCACAAAGGUCAGAGGUUAAGUGUGGACGACUAUGCCUUUUGCUGAUUAUGCUCAUUAGUCGAUGAAAUGAGGGAGAGGGAGACGUGCAGGGGAGAAAGGACGAUAACCGUGAAUUCUGUGUGUGAUUGACAGAAACCGACUGCUGCAACAGCUGCGUAUUAGAGCAGACAGUGCAAAGGUUGCUGCUAUUAAUACGCAUAAACCUAGGAGACACUGCAUGUAAUUUACCACAUUCGUUUAAUAACUUCUUAGCUAAGCUACCAUCACUGCAUCGCAUUAUUUCUCCUUAAUCCGACAUUGUCAGAAAUGGUCACAUCUGUGCUAUGUGACACAUUUAGGUCUCAGGGUGUGUGUAUAUGUCAGACAGAGAAGAUGCUGUGAUGGUUUAUGUUCAGCGGGCAAGGGUCAGCGUCAGAGAACAGCGGGACGGCUACAGUUACGAUUGAAAUAGAAAAGUAUUCUGAAUCUAUAAAAGCAGUAUGCCUGGGAUGAAAACACAGAGGUACAAGAGUAACAUGUUGUGCGGAAGCAAACGGGAGCAACCACAGAAAAAGCCAAACGUUCACAGGCACUCGGCUGCAGCUGAGGCCAACCACGUUGAGUCAACGGAUGGGGUAAAUUACAUCUGAGUCAGCACUGAAGAUUGCUGGAGCGAAGACCACCAGGGCCAGGUUUCACAGCGGGCAGAUAUCUGGAGUCUAAGGAAUGCUCAAAGCCAGUUGUCACUUCGUUCACGUUGUGCAGCGGACGCCACGCACACGGAUGCAGGUUCACGGCCAACAACCAGAGACGUCCGCUGUUUCCUAUAUGCAACCAGCAGCUUCGGAUUUCCGCAGGAUUGGCCGUCGAGGCGGCGAAGGAUCUGAUCUGGAGUUUUAAAACAGAAGCUCGCUUGGAGAAGCGGAUCAAGGGGGGGAGGGAGUUCCUUUCUGCAUCCUUCUGGUCAUGACUUGUUGUCUCUGUUUGCAACAAAGAUGUUCCUCAACAAGGUGCUGGUGGUCCUGACAGACCUGGCUGCCAGGUUGCUUGGUAACAAGCUGUUCAGGCAGCAUUUCCACCUGCUGCUCUCAGCUGUCCUGGUGUUCGGCCCUGCGCUGAGCCUCUGGGUUUCCCAUCACAGCAUCUUUGCCAGAAGAAGUCACUUCCUCUACAGGUUGUUCCUGCGCUCUGGUUGGGGCUGGACGUGCGUUUUCGUCGGGUCCUUCAUCUUCCUCUUCUCCUUCUCCAUCCGCCGCUCCGUCCUACACUCGCUCCGUCACCUCAGCAGGCUCGCCGUGGCUGGAGGGCUCUGGCUUUGUUUCUGCACACUGCUGGAUCUCCUGGAGAACACCACAGGAAGCUGCUAUGAACCUCUGCCCGCUGGUCCAGAGGUCACCGGUGGGCAGCCUCUGCUGGUGCUCAAAGAGGGGGAGAGCAAGUCCGAGUGCCUGAAAGCUGGGUUGGUGUGGCGAGGUUAUGAGGUUUCAGAGGACGUCUUCCUUCUGUGUCUGUGCUGCCUGCUGCUGGCAGAGGAAACGUCAGUGUUUGGUCCGUAUCUGAGGCUUGGGGGCGUCUCAGACGCCCCACUGAGGAUCCUCUUUUUGCUCUGUGUUCUCCUUCUUGGACUGUGGAUCUUCCUGCUGCUCUGUCUCUUAGCCUACUUCCCCCUGUUCCCCACUCAGCUGCUAGGAGGGGCGCUAGGCUGCCUCAGCUGGAGGGGACUGUAUCAGGGCUGGUACCGCAUGGGGCCCAGCUGGUACUGCCCAGGAAGGCCUGGUCAGGGACUGCUCAACAUAAAGACCAGCAGCACUGGGGCAGAAGACACACUAAACCACAAUCACUACAAUUAACCGAUAAAAACAGAUUCAACGCUUUGAGCUUAAACAUUAAAAGUCUUUAAAUCUUCAACAAAAA